GUUGUCAGUUUAGGUGUGGUAAAAACAUAGGAAAUUAGAUAAAAAGCAAUGAAUCACACGAAAAAGCAAAAAUUGUAGAUAUUUAAUUAGAUGUUAGUAGAAAUAUCCAAAGGAAAUGGAUAGUCAAGGUAGAAAAGUUAUUGUUUGUGAUAACGGAACCGGCUUCGUCAAGUGCGGAUAUGCCGGAUCCAAUUUUCCUGCUCACAUAUUCCCUUCCAUGGUAGGACGCCCUAUUAUACGGGCGGUUAACAAAAUCGGUGACAUUGAGGGUUUACAUGUAGAUGGGGUGGCUAGUACUCUUCCUGACCUGAUGGUGGGGGACGAGGCGUCGGCUCUUAGGUCUUUGCUUGAAGUCAACUACCCGAUGGAAAAUGGAGUCGUCAGGAAUUGGGAGGACAUGUGUCACGUCUGGGACUAUACCUUCGGUCCCAAGAAAAUGAACUUGAACCCUAAAGAUACAAAAAUUUUGCUAACAGAGCCACCAAUGAACCCUACGAAGAACCGCGAGAAGAUGAUUGAGGUUAUGUUCGAAAAAUAUGGUUUCGCCGGGGCUUACGUGGCAAUCCAGGCUGUGCUUACACUAUAUGCUCAGGGUUUAUUGUCUGGGGUUGUGGUCGACUCGGGUGAUGGGGUCACCCACAUAUGCCCCGUUUACGAAGAGUACGCGCUGCCUCAUCUCACGCGCCGGCUCGACAUAGCCGGCCGAGACAUAACCAGGUACCUCAUCAAGUUGCUCCUGCUCAGAGGUUACGCUUUUAAUCACUCGGCAGAUUUUGAAACGGUGAGAAUGAUGAAAGAGAAACUGUGUUACAUUGGUUACGAUAUUGAAACUGAGCAGCGGUUGGCGCUCGAAACGACAGUCUUAGUCGAACCGUACACUUUGCCCGAUGGCAGAGUGAUUAAAGUGGGGGGCGAGCGGUUUGAGGCGCCCGAAGCCCUAUUCCAACCCCAUUUGAUUAACGUCGAAGGUCAGGGAAUCGCGGAACUCAUAUUCAACACAAUCCAGGCGGCCGACAUUGACAUGCGACCUGAACUGUACAAGCACAUAGUGCUGUCGGGGGGCUCGACGAUGUACCCUGGGCUGCCGUCCCGACUCGAGCGCGAAAUCAAGCAGCUCUAUCUGGAGAGGGUGUUGAAAAACGACACGGAAAAACUCCAGAAGUUCAAGAUACGCAUUGAGGAUCCGCCAAGACGGAAAGACAUGGUGUUUAUAGGGGGCGCAGUGUUGGCCGAAGUGAUGAAAGACAGGGACGAAUUUUGGAUGUCGCGGCAAGAGUACGAGGAGAAGGGGCUGAAAGUGUUGAAGAAACUCGGGAACAGGGCCGGGUGAUGCGAUUCCGAUUGUUUUUCAUUAUCCUUCUUAACAUGUUCCACCAAAAUUUUGCAUUUUUCUUUUUUUUUUUACUAGCUUAAGUCAAAUCUAGUUAAUUAUUGAUUUUUUAUUAUUAUUAUUACUAUUAUUAAAUAAACGGUAAUUUUUAAGUUACGUCGGGGA